AUGGAAGCCAAUUCUAAGUACAAUUUAGUAGAAGAACAUUAUUCAGCGCAUGUGAAUAAGCUGACAUCUGAUAAUACAUUAACCGACUACAAUCAAGAUGUUGCCGCAUCUUUUGGAUAUUCGCUAGAUGACUUGAAAACAAUCCCUACCGAAUCUAACUUGGGAGUUUCCUGCGGUAAUCCCCUUUCUCUUGCAAACUUGAAAGAAGGAGAAGUGGUGGUCGAUUUAGGAUCGGGUGGUGGAAUUGAUGUAUUUCUUGCUGCCAAAAAGGUCGGCCCACACGGAAAAGCCAUAGGUGUAGACAUGCUCAAAGAAAUGAUUAAAGUUGCCAAAGCCAAUGCAGAAAAAGGCGGCUAUACGAAUGUCGAAUUUAUAGAAGCACGUAUAACCGAUAUCCCACUUAAAGAGGAAACUGCUGAUGUCGUUAUUUCCAAUUGUGUGUUAAACUUGGUUCCUGACGAUGAAAAGCCGUCAACUUUUAAAGAAAUAUAUAGGUUAUUAAAGUCGGGUGGAAGAGUUGCUAUAUCAGACCUUUUAUCAAUUAGAGAAUUGCCAGAUGCGAUUAAGAAUAACUUAGCGUUUUAUGUUGGAUGUGUCUCAGGAGCAAGAAGUGUUGGCGAGUAUGAGAAAUGGCUUAAAGAAGCAGGGUUUCUGCGUAUCGUAAUAGUUAACACGAAUAAAGAUCUUAAUGUUUACAAAGAAGGAGCGUUGAUGUCGGAUUGUGCGCAAAAGACAUGUAAGGAUGGAACUGAUCUUAUGAACGAGGACGAGAUCAAGAAUGUUAACUUCAACGACUAUAUUGGUUCUUAUCAAAUUUAUGCCCUUAAGGAUUAA